GGGAAGGGAAAGGGUUGGGCGACCUUGGCCCAGGGCGGCAUUGGGUAGGGCGGCAUCGCCAUCGGCAUUGUUGCCAUCGUCAAGGGCUGUCGUGCGCAUCGCAUCGCAUCGCAUCAGGUGCUUGUUGCUUGACCGAGCUUGGUUGCGAAUCGGGAUGCCCUGACUCUCUCCGAGAUGUGCAUUCUGUGUGUGGCGUCGAGGUGGUCACGGCGCAUCGUCACUAUGCUGCCGUGGCUCAUCUUCCCGCUCGUGCUGGUGUGGACGCUCUCGCAGCUCCUGCCACCCGGGCUGAGGUUCGAGAUCACGUCCCCCCGGCUGGCGUGCGUGGGCGUGCUGCUGCUCAGCCUCGCCUGGUACGAGUUCUUCAUGCCCCGGCUGUCCGAGUGGCGCACCCGCCGGAGCCUGGUGCUCCACGAGAAGAGGAAGAUCGAGGCGCAGGAGGCGGCCAAGUGGAGGAAGGAGGCGGUGCGAAAGUGUAGGAACUGCUUCAUGGCCUACAAGGACCAGAAGCCACAGCUGGGCGGCAAGUUCAUGUGUACCUUCUGCGGUCACCUCUCCAAGCGCCCCGCUCUCGACGUCCCCGCGGGGGGCAUGCCCGUCAACCGCUACAUUGGCAGCGGCAGGAAGGAGUUGAGGAUGCAAGGGAGGCGGAGCUGGAGCCAGGACGUAUGGCCCGGCGUGUGGAUGUCCGCCAGCGACAAGUGUGUCAUCGGCGCCCAGACCUCGGGGCUGCUCAUCGUCUUCCGCCUCGUCUCCUUCGUCGGCUACUGCCUGUGGUGGGCGCUUUCCAGGCUGUGGAGUGGGGGGAUUAUGUCCGACGCGGACAGCUCCCGGACGGACAGGAAAGCCGGGCACCGGAAAGGCGACGAUGGGAGUGGCCAGGAGAGCAAAGUUGACAAGGUGAGGCGCAAGGCGGAAGAGAAGCGGCUGGCUAGGCUAGAGAAGGAACAGAUGGAGGCCGAGGAGAGAAUGCAACGGGAGGAAGUAGCCAGGCUUGUAGACGAGCGCAGAAGGCAGAGGGCCGAUGCUCAGAAAGACAACAAGAUGGCUGACGAGGUCGGGAGUAGUGACGAGCGGGCCCAACGUCGGAAGCAGGAGAAAGCCGGUGGCGACAGAGGCAAAGACUCGUGGAAGUCAAGGAGCGGGGCUGUUGCUCUCGAGGAUCCAAGAAAGGCCAUGGACAAGAACAAGAGAGACAAGAGGCCCGAUGCUGCCAGGCCCGUCGUCGUCGUCGAGCCUGGGCUGGCCAAGACUGAGACGAUCAAAGCAGCAAGCAACGUGAAGUCAUCCGUGGCCGUAGCCAAGCCGGUUGUUGUUUGCCCGGUCACGAAGCAGCAGUUGAUGAAAGUCAAGGCGUCGGUGUUGAAAAAGCAGGACAAGCAUGUUGUGUCCACGACGGCAAUAGCUGGUACCACCUCGUCAAGCAAAGCGAACGCAAAUGAAGGAGUGGCGCGUAAGCCAUCCGCGUGGAACCGGAUCUCUUGGGCGUGGGGUAAAGGAAGUGGCACAAGGAUGACCAAGCACCACCAGAGUAUCAGUGAGGUCCAAGGCUUGGAUGCUUCAACUAGCACAUCUCCUGACGUCGACGGCGUCCCGCCAUCGCCAUCACCAUCACCUGCUCUAGUUGAGGCUGAUCUGCAAGCGCUUCACGACAGCGCCUCCUUGGCUAGUCCCCGCGCGUGCAAGAACGAAACCGCCGGCCUGUCACCAGUCGACGAUUGCCCUCCUCCUCCUUCCCCGUCCCAGUCCGUCUACUCGACGUUCAUGGCCAGUGUUCCAGAUGCACAACCGGCUUUUGACGGAUGGGUGGCUAGUGACUUGGCUCCCAAGUCGACGUGGAAAAUGUGGGAGGCACCCAACCUCGAUCUUCCGAGGCUUACUCAGUGCAUCAACGGCGUGGGUCCAGUGUCGUCCCAGCCCAGCGGUGACCUGGCAUCGUCAUUCCUAACCAGCGGCCCGGUCGGCAUCGUCCCGAGCGUCCCCAUCACCAAUAACCUGUGGUCCAACUAUCAUGCAUUCGAGUCUGCAAGACGGAUAUGGGAGGAUGACUUGCAGUCGGAGGUGACUCCGCCCGAGUUUGUGGAUUGUAUCACGCAAGAGGUUAUGAAGGACCCAGUUAUUGCGGCCGAUGGGCAUUCUUACGAGCGCUCAGCGAUCGAAGCGUGGCUCAAGACGCAUGAUACAUCCCCCAAGACGGGAGAAGUGUUACCUUCUCUAGGCAGCAGCGGCGGCGGAGUUGAUAAGUCAUUGCGGCCGAACCACAACCUGAGGGGCCAAAUCAUCGAGUACAAAGAAUGCAUGCAACGAGGGUUAGUGCCUGCCGCCAGUGGUGCUGCCGGGUGGCAGCAGCCGGCCGCCACAGAAGCGGUGAGAAAGGGUCAUGUUGGGGGCCUCUACACACCUCCUCCUGGGCUGGGAUCAGUGUGGGCAUAUAGCAGCACCACCAAUAUCUCCUAGCCUGCUUUGGCCUGGCCUGGCCUGGCCGUAAACUCUUCUACCUAAUAAGCUAAGUCUUUGUUUCCUCGUC